AUGCAUCCACAAUACCCACCAAGACAUUUGCUCCUGCUUCUCAUCCUUUUGCCCUCCUUUGUCUCUUGUUUUAGCAGUACUUACCGAGAGAGCCCGGUUGCCAAUGUACUUGAGCAUACCCAUAGCUAUAUUGAUUCGAGAAAUUAUCGUCCAUAUUUUAGCACCAUUGAUAGAAAAGACGACGAUGUGAAGCAUAUAUUUCCACGUUUACUCAAUUUUGAGGCCAAAGUUGUAGCCAGACUUGAUCAAGCAAGCGCUCCUGUGAGUUCAGCAAAGGUGGUGAAUGUGGACGAUUUUGGAGCUAAAGCUGAUGGAACAGAUGAUAGUCAGGCAUUUAAGAAAGCGUGGGAGGAGGCUUGCUCUUCUAAAGGAAGUGCCAUUAUCGUGAUCCCUAAGAACAAAAUCUAUUAUCUCAAGCCAGUGACAUUUUCAGGCCCUUGUGAAUCUGAUCUUGUGUUCAAGAUUUUUGGGACAAUCAAAGCGUCUGCUAAAGUAAGCGACUAUGAGAAUGAUAGAAGACAUUGGCUCGUAUUCGAAAAUGUACAAAAUUUCAGAGUUAGAGGUGGUGGCACUAUCGAUGGCAAUGGGAAAAUAUGGUGGGAAAAUUCUUGCAAAAUCAACAAAAGCCAGCCUUGCCAACAUGCACCAACUGCCGUCACCUUCUUGGAAUGCAAGAGUUUGAUAGUAGCCAACCUGAGAUUCCAAAAUGCACAGCAAAUGCAUCUUUCGUUCCAAAAUUGUGUUAAUGUCAGAGCUUUGAAUCUCAUGGUAAUUGCACCGGAGACGAGCCCAAACACCGAUGGCAUCCAUGUCACCGGCACCCAAAACAUCAGGAUAAGAAAUUGUGUCAUAAGGACAGGUGAUGAUUGUAUUUCAAUAGUGAGCGGGUCUAAGAAUGUAGAAGCCACUGACAUAACCUGCGGACCAGGUCAUGGAAUAAGUAUUGGUAGCCUGGGAGCAGAUAAUUCAGGGGCCGAAGUUUCAAACGUGUUUGUUAAUAGAGCAACAAUUUCAGGAACCACCAACGGAGUCAGAAUCAAGACUUGGCAGGGAGGUUCUGGAUAUGCCAGGAACAUAGUAUUUCAAAAUGUGGUAAUGCGUAAUGUGACAAAUCCCAUAAUUAUCAAUCAAAACUACUGUGAUCAAGACAGUCCAUGCGAAGAACAGACCUCGGCUGUGCAAAUAAGCAAUGUGAUGUACAAGAACAUCAAGGGAACUAGUGCUUCGGAUGUAGCUGUUAAAUUUGAUUGCAGCAAGAACAUCCCUUGUCGAGGGAUUUUGUUGCAGGAUGUAAAUAUAGCACUCGAAGAAAACGGGAAGCCCGAAGCUUCAUGCGCGAAUGUUAAUUUAAGAAAGAGAGGGGAAGUUUUUCCACAGUGCUCGUAACUCGUAAGAUAGGAAGAUCGAUGGAUCUUUC